CACACACACACACACACACACACACGUAAAUGUACAGUACAGUGCACAAACACCCUGUGGGACAAGAGAAACACCUCGAGUGCACGACACUGUGUCGGGUUAUCGCCUCCUUUCCUCAUCAAAGACUAACGUGCAACGGGGAGGACUGUCUGGCACAGAGAGAAGUUCCAUCUCUCGUCGCGUCACAGUGGCUUUCAGGUCAGAGCAGGGAUGAAGGCGAAGGCUUUGUCGGUGAAGGAGUGCACCUGGAUGUCAGAGGAGUGCCACCCAGUGGACGAGCUGGCCGGAGACGCCGGCAGGGACGGACUUUGUCUACCAAAUAUCUUCAAGAGCAAGAGAGUGAAGCCGCUCACCAGGAAGCACAGCGGCCCCACCCACCACAUUUACCACACCGCCAGGGAGCUCCUGCUGGAGCUGCUGGACAGAGGAGCAGUGCGGCAGCUGAUCAGGAGAGCCGCUGGCCCGAAGGCAGGAGCCAAUCGCGCAGCAUCAUACGGCCCGGGCAGGGAGCAGAGCGCAGACGUCUCCGAGGAGGAGUACACCGAGGCGUUGACCUGGUUCUCUGUUGUCCUGCAGAGCGGCCUGUCAGCGGGCGACGGCUGCAGCCUCGGCUCCGAGCUGACCCUGAACCUGGACGGGUGGCAGGCUGUGCUGAAGAGAAACAGCUUCCAGGACAAACUCCUGUCACUCACCAGACUGGAGGACGGAGACAAGUUGGAAGCUCUCUCCGCCCUCUGUGGCCACCUAACCAGGCGCUGCCAGGCCCUGUACACGCCCGGUCAGAACCUGGCCGUGAAGAAGUACCGGCUCUCCUACCAGGAGGCUCCCUGCCCUCUCCACGCCGCCCUCCUCUGUGACCUGAGCUCGGGGUUCGUCUGCAACGUGCACCUGUACUGCCCAGAGCAGCUCCAGAGGCAGAGUAGGAAGCCUGUCGUGGGGCAGGUGGUCGAACACCUGCUGAGGCCUUUCUGCGGCCACAGGCACCUGGUUCAGCUGGACCGCUCCGCCUGGAUGGAGGGCAGGGUCACGGACAUCUUCUCCGGCUUCGGGGUCAAGGUCAACUUCGUUCCCACCGUUAAAAGGCCGGUCACGGACCCAACAGUCACCGACCCCGCGUCUCAACUCGUGGCCCACCUGCAGGGUUGGACCGGACCCGCCCUGCUUCCCCAGUCGGACCCCAAAGGAUCGGCGGGGGGGGACGUGUUCCUGCCGGGCCUCUGGGCAACGCUGCACACGGUCUGCAUCAACACGUUUGUGCUCCACUCUCUGCAGAGCCGGGGCUCCGGCAGGCGGGUGCAGCUGAGAGAGUUCACCAGGACCCUGGCCUCUCAGCUGGCCAAGGACGCCAGCGUCACCGUGCCCGUUUUGCCUCAACUAAACAGCAACUCACACCACGAGACGAGCGUCGCAAAUCUCCCUGAGCAAAGGACACACACAGAAAUUGAGAAAGCGAGGGGGAACGCGCCCGGUGUGUGUGGUUUGGACAACUCCGGAAACUCCUGCUACUUAAACGCUGUGCUCCAGUGUCUGUGCUCCACCGUGCCCCUGGUGGAGCACCUUCUCAGUCAGGACACCCGCAGAGAGCUGGCAAGGUGUAAGUGCCGCGUGGCCGACGUGUUUGUCCGGCUGCUGGAGGAGAUGUGGACGGGAAGGAGCUCCAGUUGUGCCCCCGUGGAGGCCCGAUCGGUGCUGUGCUCCGUCCUCCCCCAGUUCAACAACUACUCCCAGCAGGACGCCCAGGAACUCCUGCUCUUCUUCCUCAACGCACUGCAUGACAACCUCAAGAAGGUGGCGAAGCGCCAGACGCGCUCCCCCAACGGGCGGCCGAGACGAGACCACAGGAGAAACUGUGACGCCGCGGCAGGACGCUCCACCAUCGUCUCGCGUCUGUUCGAGGGCCAGCUGAGUUACGUGACCCUCUGCGUGCACUGCGACCUCCAGACACACAGCACACAGUCCUUCACCGUACUGUCCCUCGCCAUUCCAACAGACGUCAUCAAGUGCUCCAUGCAGGAGUGCCUGUCGCUGUUCUUCGAGCAGACGGUCCUGACCGGGGGAGAGAGGAUGCUGUGCUCGGUGUGCGGGCUGAGGAGAGAGACGGCGGUCCUGACUCGUUUGGACAAGCCGCCCGAGAUCCUAAUUCUGCACCUGAAACGGUUCGGUUGUAAGGGGAAGAACCAGGUGAAGUUGAGGACCAACGUCGUUUUCCCCAUGAAGCUCGACCUCUCUCCGUUUCUGUCCAGCUCCGUACAGAACACCUCACACUCUUCAUACCACCUCUACGCUGUCGUGAACCACGCAGGUCACCUGAACAUGGGUCACUACACGGCUCUGUGCCACAACGCCCUGACCCGGACGUGGCAUUGUUUUGACGACUCUGCGGUCAGAGAGGUGCAGGACGGCCUGGUGCAGUCUCCAAACGCCUACCUGCUGUUCUACAGCCGCAAGCCUUUCCAAAAGCCAGGGAUCCACGGACUCUGAGCUCCUCUACCUACAGGCCAAAAGACGACUUUACAACUCUGUGUACAUUAUUUUUUCAUCAUCUCUCCCCAUCAUAAUUAAUGCAGAUUUACAACGUCUUCAUCAAUAGAUCCGGUUGGGCUAAAUCUGUGAUGCAUCUGGUUUCUCCAUACCUGUACAUCGAAUAAAGUCGAUCUACCACUGACGUGUGUUCUACCACAAA